UUUUGACAGUUGGCUGGCACAGGCAAGGCAAGGCAGCUCAAGUUUGUGACUUUGUGCCCCGUAGUCGUCUGUCGUCGUCAAUAUGUUUGUGAAGUGCAAUAUUAUUAUUAACCUAUCCAAUGAGUUUAGAGUUGAUAUAUAAGCAAAUGUUCAUAGUUUAAGAUACCAAAAAUUUUAAUGUAGAUUUAUAAACUAAGGUGUUAAAUUCAGUUCUUUCGCAUUCGUGGAUACAAAAAAUAUCUCGAUUGAACUACAUAAUGAUAUUUUCUUCCCCACCUUAGACUGCAUCAGUAUUUGUCCCGGGCACACACAAAUUCGUAUGGCCAUCGCUACUUUCUCUAGCUGAUGCGAUGCUUCGCUUGUCGGUUACUCAAUACCUAACUCUGUUGUGCAAAUCUUGCUAGUGAAUUGUGAACGACUCGAUGUUCUAACGGUAGUCUGUAGGCCGCGAGAGCAAAUGUCGGUCGUGUGAUUGCGGUGUGCAUCAAUAAGUAACUCGUUUAUUGACUGUGUUCGGAGUGUGAUGUAUUUGCAGUUGUUGUGAUGGUGGAACGUGAUGGUAUGCGUCGCGGCAGUGGCGGCGGUUGUGGUUGGGGCGGCGGACUUUUGGGCCGCUGGUCCCUUCGGCGGCUGCUGCUGGACAGCCCUCUUGUCGGCCGAAGAUUCGCUCAUUCAGUUCUGGAUCAGACACAAGACAGCCGGCAGGUGAAGCUGAGCGCUGGUGAGCAAGCGCAGGUCAGACAGCAGGUCGCGGUAGAGUUCAUCAACGAAGACGAAGAGGGCGAGGUCCUAGAAUGUCCGCUAUGCCUGUCAAUGAUGGCCGGCGGCGGGAUGGUGCGGCUGGCGUGGUGCAGCCACCGCUGCUGCGAGCCGUGUCUGCGGCAGUACCUCGCCAUAGAGAUCUACGAGGCGAGGGUCCCCGUCAACUGCCCCGUCUGCCACGAGAACAUGCAUCCACUAGAUGUCCGCCGGAUCGUGGAUAACCCAGUCCUGUAUGACAAGUACGAGGAGUUCUCAGUGCGCCGAGCGCUGGCAGCAGACCCCGACACCCGGUGGUGUCCCGCCCCGGACUGUAGUUUCGCAGUGGUGGCGACGGGUUGCGCGUCGUGCCCGAAGCUGACCUGCCUGGCCCCGGGCUGUGGCGCCUCCUUCUGCUACCACUGCAAGGCGGCCUGGCAUCCCACGCAGACGUGCGACGCCGCGCGACGCAGCCGCCAGCCGCCGCCCAGGGCGCCGCAGCCGCAACACUCCGAUAUAGACCACGGAGACGUGAAGCCGUGCCCGCGCUGCUCCGUGCUGAUAGUGAAGGUGGAGGACGGCUCCUGCAACCACAUGGUGUGCUGCGUGUGCGGCGCUGAGUUCUGCUGGCUCUGCAUGAAGGAGGUCUCGGAUCUGCACUACCUCAGCCCGAGCGGCUGCACGUUCUGGGGCAAGAAGCCGUGGUCGCGCAAGAAGAAGCUGCUGUGGCAGCUGGGCACGCUGGCGGGGGCGCCGCUGGGCAUCGCCGUGGUGGCGGGCGUGGCGCUGCCGGCGCUGCUGGUGGGGCUGCCGCUGUGGGCCGGGCGCCGCGCGCACCGCCGCCUGCGCCGCGCGCGCCCCGCCAAGCGCCGCGCCGCCGUCGCCGCCGCCACCGCCGCUGCGCUGAUCGUGUCCCCGCUGGUGGCGGGGCUGGCGGUGGGCAUCGGCGUGCCCAUCCUGCUGUUCUACGUGUACGGAGUGGUGCCGGUGUCGCUGUGCCGCGCGGGCGGCUGCGGCGCCGCGCCCGCGGGCUCCGCCGCCGCCGCGCACUUCGACGACGACCGCGCGGACGCCGACGCCGGCUCCAGGAGGCUCGAGCCCAGCAUAGGCGACGCGUCGCUGUCGGCGGGGUCGGGGCAGGCGGGUGAGGCGCGCGCGGCGUCGCUGGCGGCGCUGGCGGGGUCGCUGGGCGCGCCCGAGGCGCAGCGACUGGAGGUGACGGCGGACGUGGCGCACAGCGACACCGCUAGCGCCGCCAGCGCCGCCAGCGCCGCCAGCUGGCCGGACGAGGCGCCCUCGUCGUCGCGCAGCGCGCGCCUGCGCAGUCUGUUCCUGUACGGGGCGCCCGCGCCGCCCGCGGCCCCGGACCUCGAGGCCGGCCCGCCCGCCUCCUAACGAAUACGCCGCUCCAGCACAUCGGUCUUGUCGAAUACCGUCGUCCCUCGAUAUGUGAAGAUAUCGAACGGAAAGCGUGGGAUCCCGUCGCGGUUCCGUGCGAGUGUGCCGUGCCGUGCCAACCGCUCGAACUCGAAGGCAGCUCAGAGUAGAUGCUUCGCUUUCAGAGCGUUACUCUAUCCGAUAUUUGUGAUACUUUGAAUAAUAAUUACUAUUAAUGAUCUAAAUUAUUUAAUUUUUCACGUUUGUAGGCAAAAGUAAUGUAAGCUAUAAGUAAUGUUACGUGAAUCAUAUAAAGUGUAAACUACGAUUAAAAUGUGAUUAUAAUA